GCCUACCCCAGCACCACACCAGACAUGCACAUGCUUGACUCCUAACUCAGCACACAAUGGGGUCUAUUUCUGUAACUGCUCUAGGGUUAUCACCCCACUUGCACUGACUCUCUCCCUCUAUCUAUUUCUGUCGUCUCGUCUCUUUUCCCAACACUCUAACCUACUUCCACACCAUCAUGGCCGACAAAACCAGCCGGUUAGGCGUUCGUAGGAAGGAGAAAGCGCCAGAAACCAAAGCAAAUGAGGAGAAGGACAAGGAAAAGGCCAAAGAGAAAGCUGUAAAAACUCCAGACAAGCUCAGCAAAAAGCAAGAGAACACCCCAGAGCCGCAGAGGACCGACGAGAAGAAGACAAAUGGUGAAAGCGAAGGGGCAACAGGGGCAGCAGCAGCAAAUAACAGUGAGGAUAAUGGAGAGUUUAAGCCCAUAGAGCUGCCACCUUUUGAAAUUGUCACUGGGGAGAGAAUGAGCCCGUUCUACUUCAAGUUUCAGUUCAGGAACGUGGAGUAUUCAUCGGGCAGGAACAAAACGCUCCUGUGUUUCAGAGUGGACACAGCGGGGGGCAACGCAGAGCCUCUGAAAGGCUACAUGGAGGAUGAACAUGCCACAGCCCACGCUGAGGAGGCCUUCUUCCAGCAGGUUCUCCCAAACUCCUCUAAGGAAUAUGACGUGACAUGGUACGUUUCAUCCAGCCCCUGCGUCGCUUGUGCCGCCAAGUUGACCAACAUCCUCCAGCAGCACAAGAAGCUGCACCUCUCCAUAUUCUGCUCCCGUCUCUUUGAAUGGGAGGAGCCGGAGAUAGUGGAAGGCCUGAAGGCCCUGGUGAGAGCCGGCUGCAAGCUGCGGAUGAUGAAGCCCAUUGACUUCCAGCAUGUUUGGGAAAUGUAUGUGGAACAGGAGGGCGAGAGCUUUACACCGUGGGAGGAUUGCCAGGAGAACUAUGAGUACUAUGUGGAGAGACUGACCGAUAUCCUCAAGUAGAUGAGAGUCCAACCUGACUGAAGCAGCCUGCUUGUGAAAUCAUCACUUCGUUUUUGUUUGUUUUUAUUUCAUUUUUUGCUGUCACACUUGACGCUGCGGAUACGUUUUUAACAGAAUGAGCACAUUUUCUACUUCUUAUUUUUAACAAUUAAUACAUGAAGGUACACAAUUUGUAGAUAAAUAUAUCAAACACGAUGCAACGAGUCGCUUUUAAAAGAGCAAAGCAAUUCAAAAUACAUUCAGUCACGAACCAUUACAAAUAUUAAAAACAAAACUGGAAGAAGUUA